AUGACCGAACCACACUUUAAUCACCGCCACCUUCCCCAACCGUGGUUCGACGCCCCGAACCACCACUACACAUGCCAACAACAACAACAACGAGGCGACGCCACAUCACCAGCCGAAUGGAUGACAGGUGACGGUGACGACCUGGCAUGUCAACGAGCGCCCAACACCAUGAAAAGUGACGAAUGCCCAGCACCACCACUCGAGCCCAGGUGCUACGUCGCUUGUACAUUAUACCUGACCCUAAUGUCCACCCGUUGUGGGUUUUCGACCCCCCAAACCCUGUACAAACCCCUACCCCCACCCCUGAAAUACCCUUACCCAUGGAAAGGGUACGGGUUUGCAUCGGGUAAGGGUAAAGCCUAUCACACCAUACAAUAUACUGCACUAUGCCCUCCUAUAGCUUCUAUGAGUCCUAUCAGUGCAACUGACUACCGACCUAUCAUGAUCUAUGGCUGGAGGGGAACCUAUCACCCUACAUGUGCUAUGACGGUGGCCAAAUUGGGCAAACCCUCAAUAUUAAUAACUCGCCCAGUUUUCAUCGGAUCGCUUAUCCCUUUACAGCAAGAUGCAAAAACGUAG